CGCCUCCUCCUCACUUCAUCUCACUGUCACACGGAGACGGAGACGCGCGCACCGAGCACCGGACACCGGACACCCCGCCACUGAUGCCCGCUGGAGCUCAGAGAGACAGAGUCACAGCAUCCGAGAGACUGCCAAACUAAAGAUCCACUACACAGAGACAGAAGGAGAGAGAGAGAGGAGAGAGAGAGAGUUUAUAGUCAUGAUGUCCUACAUGAAACAGCCGCAUUACUCGGUGAACGGUUUGACUCUGUCCGGUACAGGGAUGGAUCUCCUGCACUCCGCUGUCGGUUACCCCAACACUCCGCGGAAGCAGCGGCGCGAGAGAACCACCUUCACGCGCGCGCAGCUCGACAUCCUCGAGGCACUGUUCGCCAAGACGCGGUACCCGGAUAUCUUCAUGAGAGAAGAGGUGGCUCUUAAGAUCAACCUGCCCGAGUCCAGAGUCCAGGUGUGGUUUAAGAACCGUCGUGCGAAGUGCCGCCAACAGCAGCAGCAACAGACCAGCGGUCAGACCAAACCCAGACCACCGAAGAAGAAGUCAUCUCCAGCCCGAGAGCCCAGCAUCAGCGAGCCCAGCGCCAGCACCAAUGGCCCCUACAGCCCCCCGCCGCCUCCUCCACCCGGCACAGCCAUCACCCCGAGCUCCAGCUCCACCAGCGCCACCGUGUCCAUCUGGAGCCCGGCCUCCAUCUCUCCGCUUCAGGAUCCGCUGUCGGUCUCCAGCACGCCCUGCCUGCAGCGCUCCAGCGCCUACCCCAUGACCUACACCCAGGCCCCGGCCUACGGGCAGAGCUACGCCUCCUCGUCCUACUUCACCGGGCUGGACUGCAGCUCGUAUCUGUCCCCCAUGCACCCGCAGCUGUCGGCCACAGGGGGCGCUCUCAGCCCCAUGAGCGGAGCACUCAGCCAGUCGCCCGCCUCGUUCUCGUCACAGGGCUACACCGCCGCGUCGCUGGGCUUCGGCGCCGUCGACUGCUUAGACUACAAGGACCAAACGGCGUCCUGGAAGCUCAACUUCAACGCUGCAGACUGUCUGGACUACAAAGACCAGAACUCCUGGAAGUUCCAGGUCCUGUAGAGCAUCUAGAAGAAGCUUCACUGCACUUCUAUACGGUUCCAAAAUUGGUCUUUAGGCAGCAAUGCCAUAAACAGACGAUUUUUGGAUCCCCAAAGAAUCUUUGAGUGAACAGUUCUGAAAAAAGUGUAAAAGAAUCUGCUGAAAAAAAUAAAUAAAUAAAAAUAGAACCCCAUAGUGUUAGUAGAACGCUUUACAUGCAAUGCAAGUUGCGUAAUCAAAUUACCUUUUCCAAGUAACUAAUAAAGUAAGCUAUUACUUUUAAAUUUACAAUGAAAUACCAGAGUUACUUUUUCACAUAAAUAACACCAGUUAGUUUUCUUAUGUUUUGACUGACAGCUCUAUUGAGAGAAAUCAGAGACGCAGGCACUUCCUUCAGCCUGAAGAUUAUUCAAUUAACCUUGGGUUUAAAAAAUAUCACUUUUGGGUUUUUUGUUUUAAAAAACGAAUAAUCAAGCCCAGCACAGGUGACAGAAGGUAACGCAAAAGUGAUGUAAUGCAUUACUUUCCAUGAAAAGUAACUAAGUAAUGCAAUUAUUUACUUUUUCAUGAAGUAUCGCAAUAUUGUAAUGCAUUACUUUUAAAAUGCAUUACUUUCCCCAACACUGUUUGCAGUGGUUUUAAUAGAAACUGUCACGGCCUACUGGUAAUUUGCUGCUUUCUAUUGGUGGCAUGUUAAAACCACUGAAUACUAAUGACUUUCUGCCCAAAACACACUACUGGAAACCAUUUGAUUCACUCUUAAAAAUAAAGGUCCAAAAUUUUUUUCUUUUCUUCUUGCAGUGAUACCAUAAAAGAAGCAUUUUGGGUUCCCCAAAGAGCCUUUCACUGAACACUUUUCUACAUUUUAUCAUCUUUUUCCACUGUAAAGAACCUUUUAUGGAAGGGAAAGUUCCCGUGGAUGUUAAAGGAUCUUCAUGGAUGCCAAUGAAGAACAACUUUUAAUGGUUUUAAUGGCUAACAGUUGAUGGUUUGUGAUGUUUAUAAUGGUAUUUGUAGUGCAAACCAUUAGAGCUUCUGUCAUGGUUUUAUUGCCAUUGAUGGUUCCGAAAACCUUUGACAUCAAUCAAAUUUUGAAACCGUUUCUUUAGGUUUUAAAAAGGAAGAAAACCUGAACUGAAAGGUUCUUUAAGCAGCCCAAAAUGGUUCUUCCAUCGCUGUGAAAACUCCCUUUGGUACCUUUAUAUUGAAGAGUGAUAUUGUUCUUUUUCAGCAGCUCUUUCCUUUUGUCCAGUGGAAAGGUUCCAUGAAGAACCUUUAUUUUUCUGAAUGUGGAUAACGAAAUAUCCAUAUUCUGAACCGUUCACGCGCGAGUGAAGCGUUUGGACGACAUGGACAGAAGUUCAGCUGAGUGUGGAGUGUAGAUGGAGAUGUUUCUAACAGUCUGUCUUGAUUAUUUCUGAGUAAUGCUGAAUGAGAUGUAGCUGGUAGAUGAUAGAAGUGCUGAAGAAGCUCAGAUGUUUAGUGCAGUGAUUUACAUCUCAACACGGUUAGAGGACAAUCAUCUUCAUCAUCUGAACUGCUGAAGCACUGUCUUCUUGUUUUAGGAGGUUUAUCAUUAGAUGAGAUUUCAACCUUCAGAAUCCCAAAUGUUUGUGAACAAGCUGCUUUUGAAACUGAAGAACGAACUGCAAAGUCCUGCUCAGAGCCUCCAGGAGCAAAGCAUGCUGGGACACGUGAACUCUAGCUGAAGAUGUUUCGUUUAUGUUUUCUGAAUUGAUAUUUUGAUUAGAUCCAACAUCUGUUGUUUCUUCUAAACCUGUGAAAUGUUCAGUAUUUACUCUCAUUUACACGACUGUGAUUCUGAAACGUCAAACUUUACUUGAAUGAAAUCAUGUGUUGAGUUACAUGGAAUUAAACGACCACAAACUCUCUCACGCUUGACGUUUAGAUUCUGCCAACAAUCAGCGGUUGUUUUCUUGUCAAUCUCAGGGUUUCUGACGCUCAGACGCAGAGCUUCAAUCAGCGCUCUUUUCUGAUGCAAGAUUCUGUCUUUCUUUGUAAUGUCCUGCUUUUUCAUUGUGUUUGCAUUUAGUCUUGUAGAUUUGAGACUUUUAAUGAAUUAUAAAUAAACAUUUCUUUCCAU